CUUUCUUCCGGAAACAGUCGAGGUAGUCGGGUAAGUGUGGAGCCUGCUGCCUCGUUUUCUUCUCCGGGAUCGUGCAAGCGGCAAGACGUUUUCAGGAGGCCGCGGUCGUGUGAAGCCCGUCGUCAUGUCGGACUUCGACGAGUUCGAGCGACAGCUGAACGAAAAUAAGCAAGAGCGGGACAAGGAGAACCGCCACCGGAAACGUAGUCAUAGUCGUUCGAGAAGUCGUGAGCGAAAGCGGCGAAGUCGUAGCAGAGAGAGAAGAGCAAGAGAACAGCGCAGUGGAUCCAGGGACCGCAGGAGGCGCAGAUCUCCAGAAAGACCCUCAUGGGAGAAUCCUGUUCCUGAAGUUGAAGAACCGCGAGAGAAAGUACACCAUUGCCGGUCUCCAAGGCAUGAAAAGAAAAAGAAGAUCCGAAAAUACUGGGAUGUUCCACCUCCUGGCUUUGAACACAUCACUCCUAUACAGUAUAAAGCCAUGCAAGCUGCUGGUCAGAUUCCUGCUACAGCUCUGCUCCCGACCAUGACACCCGAUGGACUCGCUGUUACGCCGACACCAGUGCCUGUUGUGGGCAGUCAGAUGACGAGACAGGCCCGUCGUCUUUAUGUUGGAAAUAUUCCAUUUGGAAUCACUGAGGAAGCGAUGAUGGAUUUUUUUAAUGCUCAGAUGCGCCUUGGUGGAUUAACGCAAGCGCCAGGAAAUCCAGUCCUUGCAGUCCAGAUCAACCAAGAUAAGAAUUUUGCCUUCUUAGAGUUCCGUUCUGUUGAUGAGACUACCCAGGCAAUGGCUUUUGAUGGAAUAAUAUUUCAAGGCCAGUCAUUAAAGAUUCGUCGCCCACAUGAUUACCAGCCUUUACCAGGCAUGUCUGAAAACCCAUCUGUCUAUGUCCCAGGAGUGGUGUCCACUGUUGUCCCAGACUCGGCACACAAACUGUUCAUUGGAGGUUUGCCCAACUAUUUGAAUGAUGACCAGGUAACUCUUCAUAUGUUUGUUAAAGAGCUGCUUACUUCUUUUGGUCCUUUAAAAGCUUUUAAUUUGGUGAAAGACAGUGCUACAGGCCUCUCUAAAGGCUAUGCUUUUUGUGAAUAUGUGGAUAUCAAUGUCACAGAUCAGGCCAUUGCUGGGCUUAAUGGAAUGCAGUUGGGAGACAAGAAACUCCUUGUCCAAAGAGCGAGUGUCGGUGCAAAGAACGCAACACUGAGCACAAUAAAUCAGACUCCAGUAACACUGCAAGUUCCGGGGCUCAUGAGUUCUCAGGUGCAGAUGGGUGGUCAUCCAACAGAAGUACUCUGUCUCAUGAACAUGGUUUUGCCAGAAGAAUUAUUGGACGAUGAUGAAUAUGAGGAGAUUGUGGAAGAUGUGAGAGAUGAGUGCAGCAAGUACGGCAUUGUCAAAUCUAUUGAAAUACCGCGGCCAGUGGAUGGUGUUGAGGUGCCAGGAUGUGGGAAGAUUUUUGUUGAAUUCACAUCAGUGUUUGACUGUCAGAAAGCCAUGCAAGGACUCACAGGCCGGAAAUUUGCUAACAGGGUGGUUGUGACAAAGUACUGCGAUCCGGAUGGUUACCAUCGUCGUGAUUUCUGGUAGAGGUAGCAGCGUAGAAGACACAGAGAAAAACAAAAUCUUGAGGUUUCAAAGAAAACUCAGGACGACUUUGUAUCUCUAUUCAUGUUUUUCCAGGACACUGUUUCUGAUUAAAUUUUUUUAUUUUUUUUCCCUCCCAUGCUCUACUCUUUAUUUUCCUGCUCAGGCCUCUGUGACCUUUCCUCUUUAAAAACACAUUGACAUGUACUUGUCCAGUCCCAUAGUUAAUGCAAAAAUAAUCCCUGGAAGUCGCCUUUUCUUGAACUGUUGGACCAUGAGAAAUGUUGAUGGUUAAACUGUAGUAAUUGUCUUAUCCAGAUUUUUUUUUUAUGAUUUUUUUUUUUUGUUUGUUUGUGGCAGUUUUCUUAUUUACAACGGCAAAUUAAAACAUUUUGUUGUAUUUUA